GGGAAGACAUCACCCCUGCGAAUCACUCGGCACCGCAUCGCCUCUGGUCCCGCGGAUAGAUUUGUGCUUUGUAAUCUCCUCGAUUUCAACUGUCGUGUGCCUUUGCUGGACAGUGCAAGCAGCAGAUUCAUCCUGGGACGGUGGUUUUGGAGGCAGUCAGCAAGAGUACUGCGUCUGGAGAGGGGAGGAUUUGGAACAUGGCUACCGCAACUAGCCCACCGCCGUUCUCGACGUCCCCAUCCCUAUCCAUCGCUCGAUCCCCCGACACCGCAUCGCCCCUCUUCCCCGAGCGAGCCAUCAGGCCGUUGCCCAGGAGUCGACUGAAGGCCAAGCUCUCGCCCGAGCAAGCUUCCUCCAUCACCUACCCUCCCGAUCCUGUCCCCGCGAGCCCGGUGUUGAGUUUUGGAGGCAAAGAGAAUGCAGCUCCGGGUGGCAACCUGCACGGCAGGAUGAGCAACGGGCUCGCCGUGCACGAGCAGUACUUGCACCAUGCACACCACCCACACCACGAGACGGCGAUGCACAGUCACUGCACGUGUGGGGAGGAGGUGGACAGCGGUGAUGAAGAAAUAGAAUUCGACCAUCCCGACUUCCGCUACGCCUCGCCCACCCCGAACGGCACCGUCGCCGAUACCGUGCUCGACAGCGUGCAGCGCCGACUGAUGGCCGCGAAGGCGGCUCCUUCAGCUUCGGCGGCAUCGAGUGCAGAUGGCUACGAAAGCUUUGAGAACACGAGCAAUAAGAAGAAGCGCAAAAUUCCGCUCUCGGCGGCUUCAAGUAUGCAUCAGACACACUUGAGCGCGGAGAUGGCAAGUCUGGGGUUGAAUGGGCCUUUGGAUGGCACAAUGGAUGCGAUUAGGGAUGGUGCAACAGCGGCGAAGGGUGAAUAUUAUCCUCCAAUGCCUGCGUCUUCCAGUGCUGGGGCCGGCACGGGCAUCAGUGGUGCUGGACGAGGCCGGUAUGGGAGGCAGAAUGGGCGGAGUGAUCAUGGCAUUCGAAGGCCCUUGGCAUCUUCCAGCAUGAACUCUGUCAACGGCUACCACCCCCGCAUGCCAGCCAGAAGUAGUGGAGAGAUGAAGCGCGCUUCUGAUGCCGAGAUCGAAAACACUGGCGGGAUCAUCUCCCAAGCCAUCAAGAGUGCCGCGGAACAGGGAUCCAUGACACCCCAAAAGGGACAAGAGCUGGUUUCACUAUUGCAAACGGCCACAUCAAACGACGCAGCGCCCACAAAUUCCAAGACACAGUUCACCUUUAGCGUAGAAUCGGAGAGUGCCACCAAAAUGGUGGACCAACAUGCAGCCGCUAUCGCUGCAUUUCAAAAUCCCUACGCUGGACAGUCGGGCAACGCUCGGGGCAACAUGAACGGUCAGAUUCCUGGUCCAAAAGGAUCUGGAGCGUCUAGCGCGCAUAGCACGCCGUCGCUGCGCCAAACAAACGGAGCGGCCCAGAUGCCUGCCGGACGCCAACCGCCCAACAGCCUACCACCGCAGCAAGCAGCUCAACCACCACCCCUCCCGGCCGCCCCGAAACUCCGCCGUCGGCCUUCUCGAGAGUAUGCGCACGCUGCUCGUCAACGACGACUGCAACAAGAGUACAGCAACUACCACCACCGCCCCACCAAAGACAACAUGUGGAUCUGUGAAUUCUGCGAAUACGAAUCCAUCUUUGGCGUGCAGCCGCUGGCCUUGAUCCGGCAAUACGAAAUCAAAGAUCGCCGCGAACGGAAGCGGCAAGAGGAGAAGCGGAGGCUGCUGGAGAAGGCGAAGGCGAAGAAUCGAAAGGGGAAGAAGGGCGGCAAGAAGGGUGGCGGGAAUACCAACAACGCCAAUUCCGCUGCUGCGGCGAACCUGAACGCUGCGGGUGGCGCUGGGCAACAGCAGCCAUACGAUCCGAAUUUGCUCCCGCCAGACGGCGAUGAGUAUUACGACGACGAGGAGUACGGGGAUGAGUACGAGCCGAUGGGCCCGGACGACCAGUAUCCCGCCGAUUACUACUCGCCGCCCCCGGUGGGCGUUGGGACGACAUCGCGGGAUCGGCAGGGCGGAUGACCUUUGUGUGAUCCGAUUCUCCCAAGGCCUUUUUCCUCCUCUCUUGGAAAUCUGCGGUCUUGCGAUUGCUUUCGUUUUGUUCGUACAGAUUGCAUUUGGCGCGGUGUUUUGCUCGGAUUUCUGGGUUUCUGUUCUUGGAUUUUUCGCUCCGCUCUUGCAUAGAAGAAUAAGAUUGAAAAUCAUACUUGGGGAAUUGAACAGAGGAGGCGGCAUGAAGAUUGUGGGUGGAAGUUGGGAGAUGGAGUUGCGAGGGGACGGUGUACAUAGCUGUGGCAGUGGAGUAGAAACAGAAUUGGUGAUUGUACACAUGUCCCGCUCUUGUUCCUUCGUACGCUCUUGGACG